AGUAUCUUAUAAUCUAAGGAGAAAUGCAUAUGAUAUACAUACAUGUGUAGUAUAUGUGUGCGAGAAAAUAGUAUGUGUAUCGUAGGGGUGAAAUUUAAAGGGAGGGGCUGCUCGAAAAUGGCUGUUAUGCACGGGGUAGGACGUUUAGAAAAGGGCAAGUGACGGUUCAUCCCUGUCUUCCACAUUGACCAAUUGACAUUAUUUUACGACAAUUGAUACGGUUACCUAAUCGAUAGCUAUUAUGUGGCGGCUAAAAAGCAAUCUUCGUGCUCUUCUUCAUCCGCCCCCGGAUCUGCGACAUAUGAUUCGCUUUGGGAAAAGGUAAACUAUCUCCACUAUUUGCCUUUCCUAAACAUUAAAACUUGAUUGGAACCUUACAUGAAUAAUGUAAACCAGACGAGCUAAGUCGAAGAAUAACGCAGAGGAGAAACACAUAUAAGCAAAGAAGAUGUUUGGCUUCUUUCGAAGAAUUUUAUUCCUUUUUUUGUUGGGAACUUCUUUUUGUUUCUGCUCCACAGAUCCUGCCAGAUCUGUGAGAGCAAUUAAAGGACGAUUUCGAACGUCUUAUGCUGCAUGGCGUAUAGUGUUUUCUUUGACACAGCCACAAGGUUCGCUAAAAACGGAUGUACAAAAAGCAUGGGAAAAAGCAAGGCUGGAAUCAUCUCAUGCAGACAUGAACGUAUCUUUCAUAGAAGCUCCACCCAAGACAGAUUCGCUAUCUUAUCCUCUGUCAUUAUUAAACAAAUUUUGCAAUGAAAUUAAAGGUGGAAGAACUGCAUUAAGUAUCAUUAUUGGAGGAGGUUCUGCAGCUAAAUUUCUUGUAACUGCUGCAGCUUCAUUAAAUAUUCCAGCAUUGUGGUUACCGUUCACUCAUGAAGAUUUUCUUAGACAGGGAAAUCUUGGUCAAUUCGAAAGUCGUAUAGGGUCUAGUACAAAGGAAGUGGGAGCAGCUGCUGCUGCUUUGAUGCACAGAGCAAACUGGCAUGCAUUCACUCUUCUUAUAGAUACUACUUUGCUUCCAAUCAAUGAUUUAUUGCAUGCAAAUCAAACAACUUUAACACCUAGAACCAUUAUACAUCUUCCAACAAAUGAUAAAACUUUGAGAAUUAGACUGAGAAGAGUUGCCGAGGAAGGAGGUAGUGGAGGAGUCAUAGUAAUGGGUUCUGAUUUGAACAGUGCACGAAGAAUAUUAGCUGUGGCUGGCAAGUAUGAAAUGCUUGCAGGAAGAUUUUUGUGGCUCUGGCUAGACUUGAAAGCAGAACUAAGACCUAACGAACCAAAUGUUAUCAGCUCUCAUAUUAUAUAUAGCUCAAGAUCAUCGAUAGCAACGAAUGAAAAUCCUUCAGCCCUAGAGAGUAUAAAUCGAAACAUGAAUCUCGUAGCAGAAAAUCAGUUAUCUUUAAAUUCCUUGCCCAAUUUAUCGAAUGAUAUACAUCGAUUACAAGAAUAUAGGUGGCAAAACGAAAUGUCUAUGAAUAAACAAGAAGAUAAAAGUUUUAAUUUUGAUGAUGAUGAAGAUAUUAGAAUAAAGGACAAGGAAUUGAAUUCCAAAGAUUUUAUGCCAGUUGGUAUGCUAGUAUUAAGGCCAUCUGGCAUAAAAUUAAUGGGUAGUGAUACUAUAUUAUCCAGAAUGAUCAGGGAAACCUCUCAGGCAUUGGACGAAACAUUUAUAGAAGUAAAACCUAGAUUGAAUCGUUUAAAUGAGGCUCAAAUGGAAGAGAACUUUAUACCAGAAUGCUUCUCAAAAAAUAAUGCCAAAUUUUUGACAAGCAAAAUGAGGCACACUGUUUCAAAGACUUUAACUCAGAAGUUGAGGAAUUCUGUAAGUCAACUUUCCAAGGAUAAAGCUAAAUUUCAUUUGUUGAACUUGCAAGCCAUAAGAUUUCCAGGAAACAAAACUCAAUUAAGAUGGACCAAAGUUGGCACAGUGAAAGGUGGGAAAGAAGUUCAUUUGGAUACUAUAAUUUGGCCAGGAGGUGGUAUUGUGCCAGCAUAUUUAGAACAAGGAGGCGAAAAAAUUGGCAUGCCAAUGUAUCGCAUAGUAACAGCAUUGGCACCACCAUUUACAAUGGUUACAAAUCUACAGGAAGGUCUCUGCUUGAGAGGAGUUUUUUGUCGUCAAGAAAAUACUCUGAUGUGCUGUUAUGGUUUAAGCAUGGACCUGAUGUCCUUGGUGUCUCGUGAAUUAGGAUUCCGAUAUGACUUAUAUUUGGUGAAAGAUGGUCUGUUUGGAAAGAGAAAUGGCAGCACGUGGAAUGGGAUUAUGGGAGAAUUAGUUUCUAGUCGAGCUCAACUGGCCUUUGCACCGCUCAGUGUAUCUGCUCGUAGAGCGGAAGUAGUUGACUUUACCACGCCAUAUUUCUUCAGUGGAGUCAGCUUUCUUACUGCGCCAAAGCUCAAAUCAGAAAUAUCGCUAUUUGCUUUUCUAUUUCCAUUCAGUCCAGAGCUGUGGAUCGCUGUUUUUACAUCGUUGAACUUCACUGCCACAGCAGUGGCACUAUACGAGUGGUUCAGCCCUUUCGGUCUGAACCCAUGGGGUAGACAACGAAGCAAGAACUUUUCGAUAGCCUCUGCCUUGUGGGUGAUGUGGGGUCUCCUUUGUGGACAUUUAGUUGCCUUCAAGGCACCGAAAUCCUGGCCUAACAAAUUUUUGAUCAAUAUUUGGGGUGGUUUCUCGGUUAUCUUUGUAGCCUCUUAUACAGCCAACAUAGCUGCCCUUAUCGCAGGCCUUUUUUUCCAUCCUGCAGUAAGCAAUUAUCAUGAUAAAAGUUUGUUAUUACAGAAGGUUGGUGCACCAAGAGCGUCCGCAGCCGAAUACUAUGUACAGAAAGCAAACGCACAAUUAUGGUCCCACAUGGCUAGAUAUUCUUUAUCAAAUGUUGCUGAGGGUGUAGAAAGAUUAAGAAAUGGUAGUUUAGAUAUACUUAUAGCAGACACUCCUAUUUUAGAUUAUUAUCGAGCGAUAGAUGAUGGUUGUCGAUUGCAAAAAAUCGGAGAUACUAUAAAUGAAGAUACUUAUGCUGUUGCCCUUACCAAGGGCCAUCCUUUGAAAGAAAGUAUAUCCAGAGUUAUAGCUAAUUAUACAAGUACCGGGUUACUGGAUAUUCUGCAAGAAAAAUGGUAUGGUGGUUUACCCUGCAUUCGAGGAAGAGAAGGAAUGGAUACCGGUUUUGAACAUGAGCAAGGAGGACAACCCAGACCAUUAGGUGUUGCGUCCGUAGCUGGCGUAUUCUGUCUUCUAGGAAUGGGUGUUGUUCUUGGUACAAUUAUUUUAGCUGGGGAACACUUAUUUUACAAAUAUACAUUGCCCAGAUUGAGACACAGACCGGAGGAUUCUAUAUGGCGCAGCCGUAAUGUGAUGUUCUUCUCACAGAAACUAUACAGGUUCAUCAAUUGCGUAGAGCUGGUGUCGCCACACCAUGCUGCCAGAGAACUGGUUCACACGGUACGACAAGGACAAAUUGCCUCUCUUUUUCAAAAAAGUGUUAAACGAAAGGAACACGAACAACGUCGAAGACGCAAAAGUAAAGCUCAGUUUUUCGAGAUGAUCCAAGAAAUUCGAAGAGUUCAACAAGAGGAAAAAAUAGAAACUGUAUCAGAAGAGCAAGAAAAGAUAUCCACCGUCAAGAAAGAAGAGAAACUUAUAAAGGGAAGAGAAAGAAGCAAAAGCAAGAGUCCUUUAAUGCCUCGGAGUCCAAAAAGAUCAGAGAAGAGUAGAAGUUCGACCAAUCUAUCAAGCUCUAGAUUAGGAUUGUCUCCAAUCAGUUUGGAGGCUCCUAUGAAGCCCAGAGAGUUUACUUUAAGUAGUACCAAUUUAAGAGCGAGAAGUCCUCUUGAAACGGUGGGUCGUCGUUUGAGUCAUGGAGAUGGUGGAUCACCACCUCCACGUUUAGGUUCUCAUUUCGGAGGUAGUGCAACAUUAAGACCUUUAGCUCCGACAAAAAGCGAUUCCACCGGUAGUACAACGCCAACGAUCAAAGGUGAAUCGACUGGAGGAGGUGCACCUACACCUAGAUAUGCCAGAAGUCCAGCAAAACGAGGACAAUCGUUUCCAGUGUUCGCUACCUUGAGACCACCACAUUCUUCUACCUAUCAUAUAUCCAAAAGUCCAUUGUUAUCGCCGAAUAACGAGUUAACUUCGGCCAUAGGGAGAAAGUUAUCUCGUGAAUGGGGCUCAGGAACAAUAGACAUCAGCAGGUCCUCAGAAGCGGUGGCUAGUGGUUCUACUUACACAUUAAAUCAAGAAAUGACAUUGUCUUUAGAACGGCCAUCGCACGAGAAGAUCCAGGAUGAUACUUUGCCCAUUAAGAAGCCUAUAAGAAGAGCAAGAAGCCAUGAAAACAGAGAUACUGGCAAGCUGAUGGCCGAUUUACCAUCACCAAGACUUACCGCUCAACCGGUAGUGGGAGGCCGAUCGGUAAGCGAACGAACGAAAAAACAAUUAGAAUCUGAAUUGAAAGCGAUUUUAAGUGCUAGAGCCCAUCAUCGCGAUUUGCAUCCUCCUUGAUAGACAACAGGCUAUGUCACUUAAUUUUAAUAAAAAAGGGAGAGAAAAAGAGAAAAUUCUUACAAAAGUGAGUCUUAAAAGCUUCAAAAAUCGUUGCCUCUGAGGGGCUUUGAUCGAUUUAAGCAAUAUCAGAUUUAUAGGUCAAUUUGUAGAGCAAAAAUCAGACAAACAGUAAAACAAAAAAAAGAUAUAUAUAAACGAAAAAAUAUAUACAUAGACACAAUGUCUUCAGGAAGUAUUUAAAAUGUAACACAAGAAAGAGAUUCUCCCAUAAAGAAAAACGAAAUCUCUUUAUCUGUUCAUGUUGUUACAUACAUUGAUAAUACUGAUAGAAUAUGUUGAUUAAAAAAAAAAAAACGGAAAAAAAAGUGCUAUAAAACUUUAGUAGAUUGUCUCUAAUAAGUAGCGACUUAAAUGAAUAACUGAAAUAUUUUCUUGUUGGCAUUUUAAACUCUACAGAUGUUGUCGGUCUGAGCGAGUCUCUCUUUAAAUUAUAAUACGAUUAUUAGACAUCGUACACUGCCGUAUUUCUCGACUUUAUUUUAAUCAUUUGUAGAUGAUUCAUCAACUUUUUUCAGUUCGCUAUUUGAAAGAAAUAUAAUGAAGAUUUAAAUGUUCGUAUAAAAGAAUGAUGAAUAUUAAAAUAAGAAGAAUUAACGUUGAAUAAACUUAAGUGAAAAGUAGGGAAUAUUGGUUUAUGAAAUUUCACUGACUCGCAUACUGCCAUAUACCUUUUAAUAAUUCUCUCAUGGAGAGGGAGAGACUCGCUCAUAGAAUUCUCGACAUAGAAUGACCAUUUACUAAGAAAAAAAAAUGCAUAAUCUUAUUAAAAAUAUUAUCUUAUUCAGAAGAAAAAAAAAAGAAUGAAUAAUAAAAAUAUUUAAAGGCGGAUGAAAUUUUAAUCAGAUAAAUCUUUUUUACGAAUUGCUGGUAUGUCAUUAUAUAGAAUCAAAUUCUAUUAACAACAUUUAAUGAUGAUCGUAUGCACACAUCAAUCAUUCUAUUUGUAAUUUCAUUCAUUGGUAAUGGAAAAAAUCAUACGUUUACUAUAUACGUUUAUUAUAGUAUCCUUCAUCCCAUUAUUGUUAUUAUUAUUAUUAUUAUUAUUAUUAUUAACUAUUGAACAUAUUCAGAAAUUGCACAUAUGCGUCGCUGGAUCAUCGGAAUUGAACAUACAUAUACAUAUGCACUCUCUGUUGUUUCUUCUUUUUUAUUUUCUAGAAAAACUGAAAAUAGACUAACGUCCUUUCAAUUUAAUCCCAACUAUCCUAACUUAGACUUUUAGAAUGAAUGUGUGGGACUAAAUUAAUUCAAAAUAAUUGAUGAGCGAGGCCUUAGGAGUAGUCGAUCCGCCCAAUUCUUUACUUAUGAAUAUAGCAUUUAAUCGUAUUACUGAGCAAUUCGCUAUACAAUUAUAAAUUAUACAUAGAAGAUAGCGAUUUAGUUUCAUAGUUUCUCGUUAGGCAUUGUAUCUGACAUUCAUAAUUGAAAUUCCUGAAAAUUUAAUGAGGUAGACUCUCAUGAAUGCAUGUUAGAUCCCUGAAAUUCAAAAAUACAUUUAAAUAAAUUCAAACUACACGUCAGAGAUUCAAUAAGUUAACAAAGUUGAUGAUUAAUUACGUACAUUUAAAUCUUCAUUCUGCUGCAUGAUAACAAAUAAUCAUUAUGAAUGAAAGUGUCCCAACUAAUUGCAUUUGUUUCACUAUUUAAAUAAUUAUCAGCAUUUAUAUAUUAUCAUUUUUUAGCUAACAGAUUUUUGAGAGUAUCUCAUAUGUAAUGAUGAAAGAAAAUUAUUAUUAUAUUAAAAAUGAUAAAAUUGAUUUUUAUAAAUUUUUUUAAUUGGAUUAAAUAAUGAAAAAAAUGAAAAAAAAGCAACUGUCUUGCUUACAAUAGCAAAUUCAGGAAUUAAUCAAAAUACAAAUAUAGGGGGCCAGUUUAGAGUCACCCAAGCCUAACUAAAUCAAAGAUAGACUUAUUAAAUUAAUUAAUAGCUGUAAAAUUCUUUAAUAUGUGGGUUCUGCCAGUAAUUUGGUUCAGUAGUGAUAUAUUCAUUUUUUUCAAUUGAUAUCCAAAUGAUAUAUUCAUUUGCUUCAAUAUGUAUAAAAAAAAAAAGAGAAAAAAGAAAGAAAGCUGUUUUCUGAAAGUCCUUGUACAUAUGUGUCUUCUACUCUAGAUACCUGAAGAGGCAUUAUUGCACUGAAUUAAAGGUCGAGCCCCCUAUU